AUGGAAUCACUGCUCAAGGAGCAAGAUGCGUUGCUGGAAGAAGUUGCAGUUGUUUUGCUCAAACUCAAGACCAAACUCGGUCUGCGCGGCACUACCUCUAGCAGUACGUGGGAAUCUGUCAAACUCUUGAUGCCUGACACCUGGAAAUUGGUUCGGUUCUUUAAGAACCAUUACACAACAACUCUCGAUUUCAACAAUUUAGAGUCCUGCGUGGAGCAGAUUAAGAAGAAGAUAUCCAAGUAUAAGGAAAAUUUUGAGGAUCUUUCCGAGCAUGAGGUCAAUUUCAACGCUCUAUCUGAUAUGAAUAAGCUCUGCGCAGGAUUCGAGAUAGCUCAUAUUCUAUCUCAGCGGGAUCUUCUUCUCUGGGAACACACACGGGUGAUGAUGUUAUUCCCACGCUGUCUCCUCUUCUCGUUUGGCGGAGGGGGAAACCAUCUUUCGUGGAGCUUUGUUUGUUGGUAA